ACGCAUGCGCGUUACGUUCCGCGAUCUCUCAGGCCGGCGGCCGGAGAGGCUGGCUGAGGCCGGCCUCAGUCGGCCGCGACAUUCGGUCCGCGAUACGAUUCGGUGUGAUCUCUGUGUGCCGAACUCUCUCUCUAUCUCUCUCUGUCUUCCAUCCUCCGCGUGUCUCUCUGUCCCGGGGGCGAGAUAGGAGCCAGUGGUGCGCCGGUUAUCUUUGAGGACGACCCGACGCGUGUCGGUCGACCCUACCGAAGAGCAGGCAGCGCGAUCUCUCCCGAUCGUCAUAGAGAAAUCGUUCACCAACGUCUAGGAAUCGGCGAGGCAAAUUUAGCGGAGAAGCCGAUCGAAGCUCGGACCGAAAGGCUGGCUCGCGCGAUGCGCGCGUGAGACCGGUAGCUAGAAGCCGACAGACCGUGGCUCGGUAUCGGCGGGGAACGUGAUCGGAAUAGACGGAGGGAAGAGGCGGUGUCCGGAGAGCUUACCGUUGCGUUCACAUUUUUACGGAAUCGAGUGAACUGGAAGCAGGCCAGGAGGAGCCGUACGCGAGUGUGUCGCGUCGCACGGCCCGCGCCGAUUGAUUCGUUUUGCGGCAGGCACCGCGAUCACCACGUGGAUCGGACGGUGGUACUCCCUCGCGUGUCCACCGUUAAGCCUAUAACUCUCCCUCUCUCGCUCUUUCCACCGCGGCCGGAGAGGUCCCUCGGAUUCGAGCUCGGAUUCGGUUGACCGCUGGCCGAGAGCGAUCGAUCGCCAUUCGAUCGGACGAUCAUUGAUGCCUCGACCGGGACACGCCGGAGAGUCCCGGAUCUUGGUGAGCCGACGAGACGCGAUCGGGAUCGUGGGAGCGGCCGCCGAGGGGUCGUUGAGCGGUCCGCGGGCCGAGGAUCGGGCCGGGAUGAUGUAAGGUGCUUGAGCGAGGGGACAACCGAUCGGUAGACCGAAAUGGCGCGCGACAGGAGGCUGCUGUUGCUCUCGAUGCUGCUGAUGGCAUGCGGGACGCUGGCGGUGGAGGCGACCAGGUACCGGGACCACGAGGACCCGGAGAGCAACCCCGGCGGGUCGAGGCACCGGCAUAGACACAGGCACGAGCCCGUGGCCAGGAGAAGCGACCGCCACGAGCUGGCGGAGAGACGGUCGUCGUCUUCUUCUUGGUCGCAGGAGCUCGACUACGAUGACGGCUCGAUGGCCGAUCGCGAGGACGAGGGCCAGGACAAUUACGACGCCGGCCCCUAUUUCGAGAGAUCGUAUCCGCGCUCGGCGAGGAUCAGCCUCCACGGCCGGAUGUUCGAGCCGCGAUACCCGGCCAGGUACCAUCAUCGCGGCGGCCAUCGAGGCUGGUUCGACGAGGACGAGGAGAGACGCAGGGGUUCUCCGCGGUGGAGGAGCUACAGGGCCAGGAGCCAUCACAGACCGAGGAACAGGGACUCCUCGGACUACGACGAGGACGAGAAGUCGGCCAGCUACGAGCUCGACAGGCAUCACAGCUGGUGGAAGAACGGCAGGAAGCACAGGAUCGGGCCGAGGCGCGACUGGUAUCCGGAGAGCAGGAAAAGACACCGUCCCGACGACCCGGACGAGGCCAGGAGGAUCGACGAAUGGCGGAAGAGGACCAACUCGUCUAGAAAGAGGACCGAGGACACCGAGGACUACGAGUACCGCGUCGACGACGCCGACGUCGACGAGGAGGAGGACGCCUGGGCGGACGACGAGAGCCAGCCCGAUGACGACGAGGAGUUCGACAACGAUUUCUUCAAGCCCGAGAAGAAGGCGCCGCUGAAGACGUACGACGAUAUCAUCAGAAGGCUCACCGCCGAGGACCCGGCCACCGUGAAGCCGGCCCCGAAGAGGGACUACAGGAACACCGGGGCCGAGAGGUACGCCAAGCGGGACGCGUUCGCUUACCUGAAGAUGGAGCAGAAGAACGAAACGAGGCCCCUGGCCCAGGCCAAGACCGCGUACAAGAAGAUCGUCGAGAACUCGUCCAAGCCGACGACGGACUCGCUCGCGGAGAAGAAGCUCCCGAGGAACGGCAGCCUCGAUCAUCAUCACCAGGAGAGGAGGUCGAGAUCGAAGACCGAGGAACCGCAGCCCAAGACCAAGAGCCUCGUGCCGGAUUACGACGAGUACCUGAACACGCCGGACAACGAGAAGGACGAGGACCUGGCCAAGGCUGGCGUCGAGGAGGACACCGGCAUGCAGGCGGACGUCACCAACGCGGACUAUACCGAGGACGAGGACGAGAACGAGACUCCUGCUACGUUCGCGGCUGCAGCGACUACCAGCACUAGCAGCACUACCAGCACGACCACCACGAGCACGACGACGACAACGACGGCUAGGCCAACGUCGACCCAGAACUACGACUACAGAGAUCACAGGGCGUACGAGAGCAGCGGGACCGGGGCCCAAUACAACGGCUACCAAGGGAAAAACGAUUACCCGCCGAUGUCAGCGCACAGCGCCCAGAAGUGGCAGGCUCUGGGCACUCGAGAGAGCGUCAAAGAAACCAGAGGCAACAUGCACCAGUACAACAAGAACGGCAAGACCGCGGAAAUCCGAGAGGCUCUUCAGCACGCGAUCAAGGUAUCGCGAGAGGGCAGCUGCCAAUGGCCACGGCCCAGGGUGAUACCUGUUCGCGAGGUGUACCCGAGCCCAUCGACCACCUACGUUCCACACUGCGCAAUUCUGCACAGGUGCUCGGACGACACCGGAUGCUGCAGAUCGGAGGCGCUCACCUGCGUGCCGAAGCACUCGCACCGCGUCGAGCUAUCCUUCUACACGACAAGCGUGGGCGGCGGCAGCGUGGUGGAAAAGCUGUCCUUCUACAACCACACGGAAUGCGAGUGCAGAGAGAGGACCGAAUACGACACGACCAACGAGAAACCCCCCGAGCAGAGAGUCUACAGGCACUAUCAGCCAUCCCCGCAACCUCAGAACAUGAGAAGAGCAGAACCCAGAAAGCCAUGCCGUUGUCCCUCGGAAUUCACGCCCAGGAUCACGUCGCAGGGCGAGUGCCAUUGCAACUGCUACGAGAGUCACCAGAACUGCGACAAGAUCAGGCGAGGGAAGGGCUACUUCUCUAUAGCUGAUCGAUUGUGCAUCCAGAACGAGGACUGCGCGAUGCCGAGCUGCGAGUUCGGCGACUACAUGAGACGCCAGGGCAAGUGUCCGAGGAAGAAGGACAAAUUCGACGCGAUCGUGAAUUUCCGGACCAACCUGAGCCACCGGUACAGAAGUUAAACAGAGGACAGUGCGGGGGAGAAUAAUUAAGGCAGUGUGCCAGUGAGAAAAGAGAAAGAAAGAGAGAAAGAAAGAAAGAAAGCGAGAAAGAGAGAGAGAAGCGAGAGGACGAGCGCAGAGCGCGCGACGAUUAAUUGACGGUGCCAUUUUCUUUCCGAGUGCCUUCUACUUUUUUCUUUUCUUUUUUACCAGAGAGACUCGUUAUAUGUAUGUGUAUGUGUACCCCUCGGGGCAGUUACGUAUAGGAAAAAUAAUCCUGCUGCUUUGAGCGUCGACGGCCAUCGCCUACUGUACUCCGUUGUCCUUUCUUUGUUUUCUUCUUUUUUUAUAUAUAUAUAUACUAUUGUUGUCGACGUCGAUCGUACGAUAAGAGACCGGCGACAGACUGCGAAUCGCAAAUAUUUAACUCCCACGGCGUGUCGCCGAGGCUUCGUAGAUCUGAGAGACACGCGAAAUAACGAUGCACUAUGCAGUCUGGAAAGCUGCAAUUUCUGCUGAUAAUUAACCACUUACCGAUUUUUUCGUCACCGGCAAGGAUAUUAUGAUUAAAAGAAUAGAGAAAUUGCAUUGCUAUUCGUUCGGUUUAUUAGUCGUAUUGAUUUAGGCUGCUUUCCAGAGCAUGGUGCAUUGCAACCGACGCACACGUGUCCCUGUUUAGUUCAGACUGCAGUAAUGCUCGCUCGAUUGUUCACAGUUCUAGGCACUAAUAAAACUAAUACUUUCAUUUGUUCAUGGCGCAAUUCAUUUUUCUAACGAUUCUCUAUUUCUCACAUUGUUUCAUUCAGACGCUUGUAGCUUCAAUAAUUCGUCAAAUUUACAAACAUGAAGACAGAGAAAUAGGGAGUUUUUUAGAAUUCUAUGGAACACAAUGAAAAUGUUCUAAUUAUUCACGAUAAAAUAUUGAGAAUAUUUCCGUUUCUAUUCCAACAAUGAAAUUUUCCAACUGUCGUUGGAACUUCGAUCCUUCGUCUCGGAGGAUUUGGAAAAUUUAAGAAGAAUCGUGAAGAGAGUACGAAGGACAAAGCGAGCAUUGCUGCAGCCGCCCUUUGGAUUUCACGAAGGGACGUCGAGGGUCGUAUACCAAAGUGAGAGAACCGCGACGGGAAGCGUCCUUUAUUAAACGGGUCCCUCGACGUGUCGGUUCAUCAUUCUAAUUAUCCUCUAAUUUUGUCUGUGUACUUUACAUAUUGCGAUUCUUAGGGAGGAUGUUCUCUGUGUACGGUGUCGAGCGAUCGACAGGAUCGCGCGCGUUGAUUACAGCGAGAAGAGAAACCGAUUGCCAUGUAGGUGUAAGCCCCAGAACCCCUGAUAUAUAAGAAGAAGGAUAUUGUAACACGUUUACGUUGUAUCCGCGGAAAACUAGUUAAUUGUAGACGAGAUACUCGCCGCGUUUCGGGGAGACCGAACCGUCUCGAUGGAUUGGCGAACGAAAGUGGCCCUUCAUUAGCACGUUCAACUCGCCGCUGAUCGAUCAGUGUCUCGAGCCAUCUACUAAAUUAAUUAAUCUCCUAAUAUUCUCUAAAAAAAGAAUAUACAAGAAAAUUAAGUUUCAAAGAGGUCUACAUAAUCGUUCGUCUAAUGCGAACAAAAUUACUGAUUGUCUGAUAAAAAAUUUGGUAGUCUCUGAAGAUCUUUUUCACCUUAUAGAACCCGACUUUUGUCAUGGGUAAAACUGCACUUCAUCUCGUAAAGAGUAAAAUCAUCGUUAAAAGUCGCAGAGGUCGCAUUUUCGAUGAGAUCAAAUUUCCGCAUAAUCCGCAGAACUCGAUAUCGAUGGAAUUUGUUCUGAGGAAACGAAUGGUUUCACAGAAAUUGAUUAUAACGCUAGCUGGUUUUGUUAACAUUCGAAAGGUAAUUAGAAUGGCGGGUGGAACGUGUUAAGAAUCGAAGAAUGAAUCUCGAGAUCGCGGCUUCGUGAGUCCCUCUCGCGCUGAACUUAUCGAUAAGCCUAGCGCAAAAGGAUCGUCGCCCCUGUACAGACCACGAAACGACGGACAUUCGAAGAAGCUAUUUAAGUAUACGAAAAGUGUGAACGAGGGAAGAGAGGCAGGAGAAGAAGAAGAAGAAGAAGAGGAAGAAGAAGAAGAAGAAAAACGAAAAUAAGCCUGUGUGUGACUCGUCGGAGUCUCGAGUAUUUCGUGUUGCGACUAUCUCCGAUCCUUCUCCGACCCAACUAAAAACGUGUUUUGUACGCUUUUAUAUGCAUUACUAUAAUAUAUACGUAUGUAUUACUCGAUCGCGAACCGGUAACCGAUCCAGCAUUUAUAAGCCGAUGGAGAACGUCGUGUGUACGCUUCGUCCGAAAAUCGAGAUUCCACCGAUAUUUGGAUUAACGAUCGCGAAAUCCGGCGUGAGAAAUGAAGCUUUCGAUUCUGAAGACUCGAUCCGCGAAAGAACGCGCACGAGUUUUCUAACCAUAUCAAUCGAGGGCGUGUUAAUUAAGUCGAACUCUGCUCGAUAUUUCAGCUUGCUGUUGUACUCAAUACCGACAGUAGACAAUAUACAUAUAGACGUAGCCAGCAAACCAUGCAGUAAAGUUGUAUAAAGAAAUUCAUGAUUAUCGUUUCAAUAAAAUCACAAUUGUGUAUUUUCUUAUUAUUAUUUAAAUAAAUUACGGUUAAAUUAUA